AUGAACUCGAUGCGCGGGGGCAUGCAAGUCCAUGCUGUGCCUGAGAGCGAAAGAGCUCUCGAUGCCUCAGGCAAACGCCUGCCAUGGGGCUAUGAGUUUGCCGAUGCAGAGAUAGGCCGCAGACGCGAGCCAGAGGAGAAGGGACCAUUUGGACGCUCAGUACGCCGUCGUGGCUUCUCGCGCAGCAAGACGGCAACACCAGCUCGCAAGGAAGAUGUCGUGCGACAAGAAAACAUGCAGACCGAGGACUUCAUCUUUGCUAAGUACAAAGAUGAGCUCAAGGCAAAGGACCCAGUACAACCCACACAAAAGUCCAACGAAGCUCAAGCAUCACAAGCAGCAACCGACGCCGCAUCAGCAAAGGAAGCUACAGAGGUCAUCCUGUACGGCUUUGGCCCAGACUCGCAAUGGGCUGCCAUCGAGUACUACGAACGCAUCUCGAACGGCAUCGUCUACGAAGACUACGAUCGCCAUCCUCCUCACCAACGCUACGACCACAGCUUGACAUACAGCCGCGCAAAGCUCGCUCAACGCUCACUCUCGCAAGCCGCUCUUCGCAAACGCAACGCCUACCGCGGUGGAGACCACUGGAUCAAAGUCACCUUCGACAGCCCUGAAGCCGCCGACCUGGCCUGCCACUGCUCUCCCCACCCCAUCCACGGCUUCCUCGUCUACGCCGAGCCCUUCCGCGGCACUGGCCCUCCCAACGACGCGCCCAUCCCAUACUCGAACGCCGGCGCUCAGAUCGACGGCCCAGCUCUACCUUCCACAUUUAGCACUCGCGACACUUUGACCCCAACCGACUCAUCCAACACAAUGUCCUCGGCAACCAUCACGGGCGCACCCUCCUCUUCCUCAACCACAAACCUCGCCACCACAUCAACAAACACAACAGCACUCGAACCCACCACCCCAGCCCAAAAGCGGCCCAUGCGAAUCCCCGGCGCCACCCGCGCGGUCCUCAAACCCGCAGACCUGGCAUUUGCCGAACCCUCCAAAUCUGUAUCUUCAUCACUGGCCUCUUGGCCCCUAAUCAACCUCUUCGUCGGCACAAAGGGUGAUGUGAUAGGCUCCGCCGUCCCACGCACCGACGAUGGAAACUUUGACUGGAAGAAUGCUAGCUUGUACUGGUUGAUCUUUGCAUGGCUAGACUACUGGCUAGGCACCGAUAUGUGUGGGUUGAGAGGAGAUGAUUAG